CGUAAAAAGAGGAGGGCCCCGGCGUGUGCCUCCUCCGUCUAGGAGGGGCUGCCCGCGCGCACAUUAAUGCAAUAAACCGCCAGUGCAUCUGCUGAGCUAUCUGCACAGCCUCCAACGAAAUCCACCCAAAGCAGGGCUGGGGGCCCUCCCACACUCCACUCCGCUGGGAUGACCGAGACGUCUGAUUGGCCGGGGAUGCUGCAACCGGGGGGGGCGAGAACAAUAGCAUCAUUCCGCCAUAAAAAGAGUGGAGCUAUGCCUUCGAGACGAAAACAUUUCAGCAACAGAAGGGGCCACAAAGAGGGGAGAUAAAAGUCUCACGAUCGUCAGGUGUUGCCAUAUUUUCCAGCACCCUGGAUACUCGACACUCCGUUCGCAUUCUUCAAGUGCCUUCCCGCCGCUCCCAGCCAACAUGCCCAAAGGAUUCUUGGUCAAAAGAAACAAGAAGUGUGCACAUGUUUCGUACAGGACUCGGCCGGACGAGGACGACCUCCAGGAGCCACCCCACCUCAGUCAAGCUGCCUUCCCGAGCCAGAUCCAGUCAUGCCUGCCCGCGAUGUGCGCGGCGUCCAGCCCGGGCCGCCCGGCGGCAUCCCCGGAUCUCGCGCCGGUGCCAAAAACGGAGAAGCCGGCUCAGUUCGGCAACCCCGAGACGGCGUGCCAAGCCCUGUACAGCCCGACCCGGCCUAUCAGCAAAGAGCACGACAGGGCGUAUUUCGAACGCAGUUUCAAUCUGGGCUCGCCCGUUUCUGCUGAGUCAUUCCCGACACCUGCCUCUCUCUCCGGCCUGGACCACCUCCUGUACGUGCCGGUCGACUUGAAGAUCGGCACCAGCAACAGCAGCCGAAGCGGUACGGUCAGCAUCAGCACCACCAGCAGCAGCAGCAGCAGCAGCAGUAGUAGCAGUAGCGGCGGCGGCAAUGGCAACAACAGCGCCAACAGCGCAGUUCCGGCGCCGAGCAACCGGGUCGCCGGCACUAAGAGACCCGCAGCCGACAGCACGGAGCGCAAAUCCAAAGCCGCUCCCAAGAAACCCAAAGCCAUCCGAAAGCUCAACUUCGAAGACGAGAUGACCACCUCCCCCGUGCUGGGCCUGAAAAUCAAAGAGGGUCCGGUGGAGGCGAAGCCCAGGGCGCACGCGUCAGGAGCCAACAAGCCUCUGGGUGAGUUUGUGUGUCAGCUGUGCAAGGAAGCCUACGCCGACCCCUUCUCCUUGGCACAACACAAAUGCUCCCGCAUCGUCCGAGUCGAGUACCGGUGUCCGGAGUGCGAUAAAAUGUUCAGCUGCCCCGCGAACCUCGCCUCGCACCGCCGCUGGCACAAGCCCCGAAGCAACGGCGUCCCCGCGGUAGCGCCCCCCUCCACUAAACCCGAAAUGGCCAAAAUGACACCCGCGGGUGUCAAAUCAGCCUCCGAUGAAGCCAAAGACGCGAGCGACAGAGACAGCCCGAGUCCGAGUCUAUCCGAGUCCGGUUCCGAAGACGGCUCGUACGACUGCCACUUCUGCGGGAAGAGGUUCAAGCGGCAAGCAUACCUAAGAAAACACAUCAUGGGACACCAGGUGCUGCAGAAGAAAGUUGUGGAGGAGAAUGGGUUCCCGGCGGAGCAGGUGCCGCUACCUUCCUCCUCCUCCCCUCCAGAGGACGCCUCGAACCAAAGCCCCCUCAAUCUGAGCCCCGCGGACCGCCUGCUGUGUCCCGUGUGCGGAGAGAGCUUCACCAGCAGGGCGGCCCAGGAGCGACACCUGCGCCUCAUGCACUCGUCCCAAACGUACCCGUGCAAGUACUGCCCCGCCACCCUGUACAGCUCUCCGGGACUGACCAGGCACAUCAACAAGUGCCACCCCUCGGAGAACCGCCAGGUGAUCCUUCUCCAAAUGCCCGUGCGGCCCGCCUGCUGAAAACAGAACUUGUGCCUUUGGAUUGGGAGGAAGAAGAGAAUCAACAAGAAAAGGAAAGUUUGUGUGUGUGUGUUUGGUGGAGGGGGGAUCAUUUGCCAUUGACAACGACAGACGUCCAAUUCAUUUAAACUGAGAGUACUCGAUGUGAAUGAUCAUAUUUCAGAGCCAUUGACGCCGCUAGACGACCAAUCCAUUUUGACUCGGAGGGCUGCUUCGAUCGCUGCCAGCCCUCCAGUCAAAAUGGAUUGGACGUCUAGCGCCGCCAACAAGUUAAAAACAAAUAAAAGUUCAGCUCUCUCCCCCUUCACGCCAAUCAGUUCUUGUUGAGCGCUUCUCUUUCUGUUUCAACUUCAACAUAUAGGCCUAUUUUAAGAUGUUCUUUACUCAAAUUAGUCUAAAGGAGAAGCUUAGUUUUGACUGUUAAAGGGUAUUUUUUCUAGGACAGCACAUGUACUCAAUGAUAGCUUCUAGACCUAAGAAUUGUUCAGAAAUCCGUCAAAGCCUUUUUCUUUCUUUAAAAAAAAUAUCACUGUAGCUUUGCCUAUGAACGACAAAAUGAUCAAGUUUGUCUUAAUAAUGUGUGACUGAAGGAUUGUCCGUGAAGUAGAACCACAAAUGCCUUUAGUGUAGUCCGAAAUAGCCUCCAUCUCAUCCAAAUCCCGCUGUACAACUGCCUUAAAGAGUCAACAUAGAUUGUUUUCAUUUUUAAUGCUGGCACAUAUUUUAAUGCUAUUAUUAUUAUUAUCAUCAUUAUUACAAUUGAAGAUUGUUGCAAUAUUUUUUUGGGGUCAUCAUAUGUUUAUUUAUUUAUUUAUUCUAAUGAUUUAUGUAACUUAUUGAUGUGUUUGUUGUGAUUUCCCCCUCUUUGUGAAUCGUUCUGGCAGUUUACAUGUCGUUUAGCCAAAAUUUUUUUUUCCUUGUCUAAUUUAUGAGUUGUGACAAGAGUCGUGGGUCGGGUUCUAAUCAUCGAUAUCCACCACUCUUGUAAAAAAAAAAAGAAAAAAAGAAAAAAAGAAGGAAAAACAAAAAACACAAAGCUCUUAACUUAGAUGCAAUCUUUUUUAAGGACGUUAUUUUUUUCCUAAAUGUUGGCUUUUAUAGCGCUUUGA